CCAGGUCAUCAAUGCGACUAUUCAUGUCAUCAAUUCUUCCAAUGAUCUGGUUGGACAUGGUCUGAAAUUUAUCUUGCAUCUGUUGCAGGAGUGUCUGCACCACCGAGGUGAGAUCCUACACAGCCUUGGAGUCAGUCUCGGCCAUCUCCCUGGCUCCCAGCUUGGCGGUGAUAUCUCAGACGGCCUCGAACAUUUCCGUUUAUCUGCACAGACACCCCCAGUGGCUUCUUCUCAUGACCACAGAUGCCAGCCCAGCAGUGCAGUUGAGCAAGGCUAAAACCACCCCCCUGGAGCCUGCAACAUAGGAGGAUGCUCCCGAGGCCCAGCUAGGGCCUGACUUCAGCCCCAUGCGGCUCACCCGCUGCCAGGCUGCCCUGGCAGCUGCCAUUACCGUCAACCUCCUGGUCCUCUUCUAUGUCUCGUGGCUGCAGCAACAGCCCAGGAACUCCAGGGCCCGGGGCCUGCGUCGAGGAACUGCCGCCGGCCCCCAGGUUACUGUCCUGGUACGAGAGUUCGAAGCCUUUGACAACGCAGUGCCCGAGCUAGUGGACUCUUUCCUGCAGCAGGAGCCAGCCCAGCCGGUGGUGGUGGUAGCCGACGUGCUCCCUUACCCGCCCCUGGCCCUGCCCCGCAUCCCCAACGUUCACCUGGCACUGCUUCAGCCCGCCCUGGACCAGCCCGCUGCGGCCUCGCGUCCGGAGACCUAUGUGGCCACUGAGUAUGUGGCCCUGGUGCCCGAUGGAGUGCGGGCUGAGACUCCGGGCCAGCUGGAGCGCAUGGUGGAGGUGCUCCGGGCUGGAGGUGCACGCCUGGUAGCCGCCCGAGUUGCCUCAGCCAACCCUGCCCGGUGCCUGGCCCUGAAUGUCAGCCUGCGGGAGUGGACGGCGCGCUAUGGCCCGGCCCCCUCCGCGCCCCGCUGCGACGCCUUGGAAGGGGACGCUGUGGUGCUCCUGCGCGCGCGAGACCUCUUCAACCUCUCGGCGCCCCUGGCGGAGCGCGAGGGGCGUGCGCGGCGGGCUGCGCUGCUGCAGGCGCUGGGCAUCCGCCUCGUGAGCUGGGAGGGAGGGCGCCUCGAAUGGUUCGGUUGCAGCAAAGAGACACCACGCUGCUUCGGGACCGUGGUGGGGGACACGCCGUCCUACCUGUACGAGGGGCGCUGGACGCCCCCGUGCUGCCUGCGCGCGCUGCGCGAGACCGCCCGCUACGUGGUGGGCGUGCUGGAAGCCGCUGGCGUCCGCUACUGGCUGGNNGGCGUCCGCUACUGGCUGGAGGGCGGCUCCCUGCUGGGGGCGGCCCGCCACGGAGACAUCAUCCCGUGGGACUACGACGUGGACCUGGGCAUCUACCUGGAGGACGUGGGCAACUGUGAGCAGCUCCGGGGGGCCGAGGCGGGCUCCGUGGUGGAUGAGCGCGGCUUCGUGUGGGAGAAGGCCAUAGAGGGCGACUUCUUCCGCGUGCAGUUCAGCGAGAGCAACCACCUGCACGUGGACCUGUGGCCCUUCUACCCCCGCAAUGGGGUCAUGACCAAGGACACGUGGCUGGACCACCGGCAGGACGUUGAGUUCCCCGAACACUUCCUGCAGCCUCUGGUGCCCCUGCCCUUUGCCGGCUUCAUGGCUCAGGCACCUAACAACUACCGUCGCUUUCUGGAGCUCAAGUUCGGCCCCGGGGUCAUCGAGAACCCCGAGUACCCCAACCCGGCUCUCUUGAGUUUGGCAGGAAGCGGCUGAGGCCCCUGACUCCCACGCCUGGCGUCAGGGGAACCGUCCUUUGUUUUGGUGUCGCUGGCAUUUUGUGGACAGGCCAGGGAUCCCACGCUGCCCUGCAGGGCCCAGCACAGUCCAGGACAUUAAAGUCGCGCCCUGGGCUCUAGGGCUGGGACAGUUUUGGAAAGAAAGGGAGAAACAAUGUAGGUUCUGAGGCCAGACUGCCGCGAUUCAAACCCCAGCUCUACCACUUAACUAGUUAGGUGGCCCUGGGAGAGUGUCCCAGUUCCUUUGUUCCUCAGUUCCCUCCAGGAUUCAGUGAGUGCCCUGGCUACCCAGCGCAUGGAGAGAUGAAGAGCCACCAGGACACUUGGCUGCUGGGGCUGCUUAUCCCACUAGAGGGCACCUUUGUCCUAUCAUGUGGCCAAGGGGAUAGUAAGCCCAGGCCUCCUUUCUGUUCUACAGCUUUUGUAUCUCUUAAGCCUUUGGUCUUCCCUCUAAGCCCCUGUGCCUGGUGGGACAGGAUGACCAUCUCCCCUUCUUCCAGUAUGUGACCUCUUCCCUCCUGGGAGAGCCCUGGGCGGUGCAUGCUGCUCUUAACCCAUCUUGCAGAGGAAGAAACAGGCUCAGAGCUCUGAGGUGGGACUGUGGUUGAGAGUGGGGUUCUGGAUCCCGGCUCCACUCCUUUUUAACUGUUACCUCAUUAUUUUAGCUCUCUGCACCUCUUUCCCUGCUUGUAAGGCAGGUAAACAAUACUCAGAGCUCACAUUUACUGAGCACUUACUGUGUACCAGGCAUGGUUCAGUGUUUCACCCUCCCAAGUGACAGCUGCUAUUAUUUCCACUUUACAGAUGAGGAAACUGAGACCAGAAUCGUAAAGUCACUUGGCCAAGGCCAGACAGCUUAGGAAGUGGCAGAGUGGGAACUUGAACCCAGGCUGUCACUCUGGAGCCCACACUGAAGUGGCCCAUGGUGGCCCUCUCUAGUACUGGUCCCAAGAGGGCCUCUUAUCACUUAGCAGGGGAAGUGAUAGCUGCCUUCCUUUUGUGAUCAUGCACCUAAGAGUAAAUUCUGUUUGGGCAUGUGACCUAAUAUGCGCAUUUAUCAAUUACAUGCAGGUACUACUACCAUUCUGUAUAUUAGUAAUAAGGCUUAAAUUAUUUCAUUUUAAAAUUAAAAAUCAAUAUAGAAGUUUUUGUUUACUUCCCUCAUUCCAACGACUCGUUCUGCACACCCUGUGGGUGUGUGCACCUGGCUUUUUAAACCACAGGUUCUGAAGUGGGAGAGACCUGGGUUCAAACUCCAGCGCUGCCACUUCCUCCCGCUGUGAACCAGGGCCCCCGUGACUUGUGCCUCUCUGAACUGAUGCUCUGCACCUGGGAAAUGGGGGUAAUGAAUGCACACGCCCCACAGGUGCUGUGAGGCACUUGAGUGGUAAAAGGAUGAGGAGUCAGGGCUGGGUUUGGAUCCUGGUGUGGCCAACUAGUUUCUCUGUGACCUUAGGCAAGUCACUGCCCCUCUGACCCUGUAGAUUGGGUGGGGGGAUUAAAGUGUUAAGCUCUCACAGAAGGAGACGUCACACAUCAGCAAGAAAAGACAGAUGCAAGUUUGGCCCAGUCUCCCAAGGCUUAGAUGUCCAGAGCCUGACUUCUGAUAACGCAGCCUCUGUUUUUAGCCUCUGAACGCACAAAUAGCUUGCAGAGACAGUUGGGUUCCCAUCCAUGGAGCAUUCUGGAAGCAUGGUGGUGAUUUAAGCUAUUACUUGUGGUUGGCCGGUGCUCUUGGCUCUUGGAUGACAUGGCCCAGGGAUGCAGAAUGUCUUAUAAUGUAUGCAGGGUGCCUGCACACAAUAAAGCAGUGUCCUUUGUCACA